GAUAUUUUCUCACGAUAUUCUAGCUGCAAAGACUUGUGUCUUGAAUUGAUCAUUUCUACAUCUAGUGAUCCUAUCGUCCUCUCGAGUCUUUGCGCGUGCGUUUGGAGUUGGCAACCCCACUCCAAGCGGACAAUCCAUCUCCAAGUCACCUAUCUUUCAAGUCAAAGACACAAACUCUCAGCAUACACAAAAUGAGUAACACCGACUUCCUCGGCCGGGCCAUCGACACCGUAAAAAAAGCCAUCGAACAUGAUAAUGCGGGCGAAUACGAAAAGGCUUAUCAAGGCUACUACGCCGCGCUGGAGUUGUUCAUGCUCGCCCUCAAAUGGGAGAAGAAUCCCAAGUCGAAGGAGAUGAUUCGAGCAAAGACGGGUGAAUAUAUGGAUCGCGCGGAGAAGUUGAAGAAUCAUUUGGCGAAUGCAGAUAAUAAGAAGAAACCGAGCGCGGUGGGCGCGAAUGGGAAAGUGGCGAAUGGGGGUGGGAAGGGGAAAGAAGACGAGGACGGCGAAGAUGCAGAAGCUAAAAAGUUACGAGGCGCUUUGCAAGGGGCCAUUCUAUCCGAAAAACCUAACGUGCGAUGGGAGGAUGUUGCCGGUUUGGAAAAUGCAAAGGAAGCUUUGAAGGAGGCUGUUAUAUUACCGAUAAAAUUCCCUCAUUUAUUCACGGGCAAACGACAACCUUGGAAGGGUAUAUUGAUGUAUGGACCCCCUGGAACGGGAAAGUCAUAUCUCGCAAAAGCCGUUGCGACGGAAGCAAACAGUACAUUUUUCAGCGUUAGUAGUAGUGAUUUGGUUUCGAAAUGGAUGGGUGAAAGUGAAAGACUUGUCAAGCAAUUGUUCAAUAUGGCAAGAGAGAACAAACCGGCUAUUAUUUUCAUUGACGAAGUUGAUGCCCUCUGUGGACCGCGUGGAGAAGGUGAAUCCGAAGCAUCUCGACGCAUCAAGACCGAACUUCUCGUGCAAAUGGACGGAGUCGGCAAGGAUUCAAGAGGAGUUUUGAUUUUGGGCGCAACGAACAUCCCCUGGCAACUGGACGCUGCCAUUCGACGACGAUUCCAACGGAGAAUUCAUAUCAGUCUACCGGAUAUCAAUGCACGUAUGAAAAUGUUCAUGCUGGCCGUGGGCAGCACGCCGUGCAACCUGACGCAGGCCGAUUACCGACAUUUGGCGGAGAUUAGUGCAGAUUAUUCCGGCAGUGAUAUUAGUAUAGCGGUGCAGGACGCGUUGAUGCAGCCUAUUCGGAAGAUUCAAACAGCCACACAUUACAAAAAGGUCCUCGUCGACGGCGUCGAGAAAUUCACCCCCUGCUCACCCGGAGAUAACGGCGCAAUGGAAAUGAAUUGGAUGGAAGUUGAUUCUGAGAGACUGCUCGAGCCACCUCUUGUCUUGAAAGAUUUUAUCAAAGCUAUUAAGAAUUCCAGACCGACUGUCAGCAGGGAAGAUUUGGAGCGGAAUGCUGAAUGGACUAAGCAGUUUGGGAGCGAGGGUUCAUAAUCAUUACAUCUUAACUUUUCUUUUCACUCAAUUCAAUUCAGACCACCUCACUUCGUUAUGGGUCCAUCUCGUUUCUCCGUACAGUUGUGAUAUGACAUUUCAAGAUCUGGAGUUUUGGUCUCAAUGGUUAUGUCAUCUGUUGAACGUGUUUUG